AUGGAAGGCUUGAAUCACACCCGGGUGACCCAUUUUGUGUUCUUGGGUCUGACGAGUAACCACAGGCUCGAGCUGGCCUUAUUUGCCGUCUUCUGUGUCAUGUACCUGCUCAUCUUAGCGGGCAACCUCCUCAUCAUGGUGACGGUGGCUUCCGACCGCUGCCUCCACACCCCCAUGUACUUCUUCCUGGGCAACCUCUCUUUCAUCGACAUCUGCCACUCCUCGGUCACUGCCCCCAAGAUGCUCCUGGACUUCCUGUCGUUCCAGAAGACCAUCUCCUUCAACGGAUGCAUGGCACAGCUUUUCUUCCUCCACCUCUGCGCCUGCGCGGAGAUCUUUCUCCUCACGAUCAUGGCCUAUGACCGCUACAUCGCCAUCUGCCACCCGCUACAAUACAUGUCCCUCAUGAGCCUGAAGGUGUGUACCUGGCUGGUGGGCGCCCUUUGGGUGGGAGCGAUGGUCCACUCUCUGGUGCAGACGGUCCUCACCAUCCAACUCCCUUACUGUGGACCCAAUGUAUUAGACAGCUUUUUCUGUGAUGUACUCCCAGUCAUCAAGUUGGCCUGCACAGACACGUACUUGACAAGGGUUCUUAUUGUGUCCAACAGUGGCAUGAUAUCCCUGGUCUGUUUCUUGGCCUUACUGGUUUCCUAUAUAGUCAUCCUGGUGUCACUAAGAGGGCAGACAGCUGAGGGGCGACGCAAGGCCCUCUCCACCUGUGCGGCCCACCUGCUUGUCGUGGCCUUGUUCCUGGGGCCUUGUAUCUUUAUCUACACCCGCCCUGCUGGCAGCUUCUCGGCGGAUAAAGUGGUUGCCGUUUUCUACACGGUGGUGACUCCCGUGCUCAACCCGGUGAUUUACACCCUGAGGAAUGCCCAAAUGAAGAACUCCAUGAAGAAGCUGAGAGACCAGAAGAUCUUUUUCAUUGGGACAUGA